AUGUAUUCCAUUCCAUCUAUCUAUCUAUCUAUCUAUCUAUCUAUACACGUAUGUGAUUCCAUUUUCUAUCUAUCUAUCUAUCUAUCUAUACACAUGUAUGUGAUUCCAUCUACUAUCUAUCUAUCUAUCUAUCUAUCUAUCUAUACCAUGUAUGUGAUUCCAUCUACUAUCUAUCUAUCUAUCUAUCUAUCUAUCUAUCUAUCUAUCUAUACAAGUAUGUAUGUGAUUCCAUCUACUAUCUAUCUAUCUAUCUAUCUAUCUAUAUACACGUAUGUAUGUGAUUCCAUCUACUAUCUAUCUAUCCAUCUAUCUAUCUAUCUAUCUAUAUAUCUAUACAACAUCUACUAUCUAUCUAUCUAUCUAUACACGUAUGUAUGUGAUUCAUCCAUCUAUCUAUCUAUCUAUCUACGUCUAUCUAUACACGUGUAUGUGAUUCCAUCUACUAUAUCUAUCUAUCUAUCUAUCUACUAUCUUAUUCCAUCUAUAUCUAUCUAUCUAUCUAUCUAUCUAUCUAUCUAUCUAUACACGUAUGUAUGUGAUUCCAUCUACUAUCUAUCUAUCUAUCUAUCUAUCUAUGUGAUUCCAUCUACUAUCUAUCUAUCUAUCUAUCUAUAG